AUGUGGGUCAUGGCCCGAUCUCCUUAUUCCAUUCACAGGGAAGGCCUGUGGCCCAGCAGUGGGGACCAACGGCUUAUCGUGCCUUCCGAAGCACGGAGAAACUCGAGACAGAAGAUUUAUGGUCACCCAUCCAAUGACAGACCUUUGCGAAGGUUGCUUAACUUCAACGAUCGCAGCCGAACACGCUUACCACCUGCGCCAUCGAAGGAAAACGCCGCUAUUCCCAGUCUUCGAUCCAUAAUAAAGCAUACACAAAAAGUAAUGUUUUCUCAAGACAUUGUUGUUGACCGUGACUGUGUGACCGUGUUUUCUCAAGACAUUGUUGAUGACCGUGACUGUGUGACCGUGUUUUCUCAAGACAUUAUUGAUGACCGUGACUUUGUGACCGUAUUUUCUCAAGACAUUGUUGAUGACCACAUUGUUGAUGACCGUGACUGUGUGACCGUGUUUUCUCAAGGCAUAAUUGUUGACCGUGACUGUGUGACCGUGUUAUCUGGAGACAUUAUUGUUGACCGUGACCAUACAUUGUUUUUGACCGUGACCGUCUUUUCUCAAGAUAUUGUUGUUGAACGUAUUGCAGGCACAAUGCGCUUCGUGAGGAUAACGCCCGACAUGUCAGAGUCUGUGAUCCAGCACUUGCGGGAGAGCUUCUUCGCGGACGAGCCGCUCAACAAGGCGGUGCGGCUGUGUGAGCGCGGCGAGCCGCACUACGCGCUCGAGCAGAUGUGCCGCGCCACCAUUGCUGAUGGACUCUCGCUAGCCGCCAUAGAGGAAGACUAUAUCCUUGGCGUUUCUCUGAACGGUAUACUAAAGCCGGGAGACAUCGAGGAGGCGCUCCAGAAAAUCAGACAAUCUACCGACGAGAAGUUCAAUAAGAUAUUCACCAUUCUGUACACCCUGAGCAAAGAUCUGGACUUGUUUGACAAGCUGGAUGUAGACCGUAUCUUGGAGUGCAGGAUAAUAUCUGCAUCGGACCGGGCGCGAGGCAGGGGACUGGGCAAGGAGAUGAUGAAACGGAGCAUAGAGAUAGCUGAGCAGGAAAACUUUAAGAUAUUCAAAGCGGACGCAACUGGAGCGUUUUCCCAGAAAAUCUGCAGACAUUUCGGCAUGAAAGUGUUUGGUCGAGUUCGCUACGACGAGUAUCUGGACAGCACUGGAAACCCUGUCUUCAACACAGCGGGGCGGGGUAGUCACGCUCACGUCACGCGCCAAGCGCGCGAACAGUUUGCUCUCUUGUCCGCUCGGACUCUCGUCCGCCCAUCGUCGUACGAUCGCCACUCCGACAAAAAGCCGGACAGGCCAAACACGUACAUAUUUGGCCGGACGCGACCGCAAAAAGCCAAACAUGUCCCACCUGGACAUGUUUGGUCACCUGGCAUAUAA